AUGUCCGGUAGUCAUGUAAAUGUGAAGGAUCUUGCGAAACGGUAAUAAAUAUUGAUAAUUACAUUAGUUUUUGAUAUUGUUACAGUAAAAAUAUGUUGUAUAGGAUUUUUUAUAUAUUUGAAGAUGUUGAACUUUGUGUAUUGAUCGAACAAGUAAUCUAUGACAAUAUUUUUAGAUUUGAGGCGUUAAGUCCUCCAAGUAUAGCUGAGAAAAAGGAUGACAAAUCGGUAGUCAAGUCGAAAAUGUAAGUUAUUUGACUGUUUGGGUGUCUAAAAUCUGAAAAAAGUUUUAUAAUAUUAUAGUUAUUUGUUGCAAGAUCAAAAAAUUCAAAAAUUAUGAAGCGAACGGCACAGUCUGCCACCAAAACAAUAAAGUACGCCAAUGUUUACAGAACACGGGUGAAUGUUUCCGUUACCGCACGACCGCGGUUUCCUCCGCCGAUGAAGCGGAUCCGAAGUUCGCGACGACGUCGAGUGUUUCAAAGCUCGGUCGAACUGAACAGGUCAUCCACAUACUAUGUGUGUACCAAGUCCAAGUCCAAGUCCGCGAUCGAGGGAGUAACGUGCAAAAAAAGGGAGUAAGUGGUCAUUUGAAACGAUUAUAUUACAGCUUUUCACUUUGUUUCCGCGGCUAUCUUCCCUUUGUUCUUGUUUACUUGACCCAUAGCUGUUGUAGUAUAUUGUAGUUUCUGCUGCGUAUCGUAUAGUACAAUUUUCAAAUUGUAGAUCUUAUUAUAGGUAUCAAUAAGAGCCAAAAAGUUUGUAGACUGGUUUUUUGAGUUAAAAUAGCAGUAUACUGUAAAUUUUUUGGGAGGAGUGAAUUUAAAGGAAGAAUAGCUUUUAAAACAUACAUUACAUACCAAAUGUAGUUUUAAAAAGUAUUCCACAAAAUAUGCAUAAUGUAAAAGCAUGUUUUGGCGUCGGAAAUGAAAUGCUUAAUCCGAUCAUUACCCACAUCUUUGCUGAUCUAGGUCAUGGAUGAGCCGGUUCCGUUCUUUUUGGUUAAUUCCCGGUAAAAACGUCACGCUUUCACAGAUUUUAAGACCAUUUCGCGUGAAGCGACUGGACUCAUAAUAAUCUGCGGAAACCGCGUACUUAGCGACAAACCCAAACCUAAGGGCUAGUCGGAACGUGACUUAUGUUUCAGCAUACUGUAAUGUUUUGAUACGUCACUUUUUAAACAUAUUUUUAAAAUUAAGGUUAUGGUUUUACAAUUGUUUUUAAUAUACAUUGUGUUCUGGGGUUCACUUUUUUCAAGUAUAAUAUUAUAGGUUUUUUCCUUACAAUAACAUAAUAACAAGCUCCAAACCCUAUUGACCAACACAAUAACGCGUUUUUUCUAUCUCAACUUUGUUUUUAUGGAGAUCGCGUAGGAUUUUCAGUAGUUAAUAGUAAUAGUAACGUCUUUCUACUUUAAUUUAUGUGCCAAUUCGCCGCCAUUUCUCGCGCAACUCAAACCAUCGAUAGAAACCCAUCAAUUUGUCUUUAAGGUCGUUCCUGCCGUUCUUUACUUUCCUUGUGAACGUUGGAUUGGGGUGUUCUGUUGACUCAAGCCCUUUUCAUGGCCAUAACCGGUCAUUGAAGGGGGCGCGGUAAUUGACGGUCAGGGGCCGGAAACGGACUGUCCUCUCCACACUGCUAAUUAAUUUCCGCUUCUUUUCCCAUCCAUCAUAUAGGAAAUAGUCUAAUAUUCGCGGAGUAUCCAGAUUUGUUUAAUAAAUUUAUUAUUUUAUUAAUUUGUUCGUAUUUUAGAGAACCUGGGAUAAAACAAGAGCCAGUCAUGACGUUGGGGUUAAAGCCGGCACCUCCGCCAAAGCCGGUCCAUCUGAACAGUAGUCAGACAUCUACAAUAAAGAGACCAGUACGUCCUAAAAUGGUGAGUCUAGAUUGUUUUUAACUACAAAAAUACCUCUUUUUGCCCAAAAUAUCUUAUUUUAAAGCAAUAUGUUUUCCAGAAACCCCCCUCACCCUUACCCCAGCCCAAGUGCCAAGAUCAUGAAGAUCGUGCGGGGAUCGUGGAGUCAUCUCCAUUCAAACGCUCUGACCGUUGUCGGUACGUUUUUUAUUUGUUUUUGUUUUGAUGUGACUGCUCGGGCACUUGAACUUGUUGUAGGAUCAUUCGAAAACCCUCGAGCCGUCCGCCGCCACCGCCGAGAAACAACGAGAACAUGAUCUACCAAUCCAUCUCACCUCCAGAUUCCCCCACGUCGACGCCGAGGUUCAACAAUCAGUCGCCACAACUGCCAAAACUACCCACACUCCCACCACCGCGACCUCCUGCCAUGGAUUCUGAAUCCGACCACGAACCGGAACAGUUCGAGAGUAUGUACGAGGGGUUGUACGAGGAGAUAGAGCAGGAGUUCAGUGUAAGUACUGCCAAGUUAAGUCUACUAAAGUAAAUUCAAUUCUAUAUAAGUUAACUUGAGUAGUUUGGUCUAUGGUUAAUGGUAGUAAAACCGUCUUUCGUAUGAUAAUUAGUUUCAAUCUUCAGAAGUCUUUCAAUGGGUUGUCGAGUAUGAAGAUACAGCCUCAGCCGUCGACGUCGUUCACUCCAAACUCCAGAAGGAAGAACAAUGUAAAGUAGGUUAAUUUUGUGUUCGAAUUAACAAAUUAGACCGACUUACGAGUAACAACAAGAGUAAAUCAAGUCAUAACAAAUACUAAGAAUAAAGUCUAGACUUUUGAGAAUUUAAAAAUUCGUAUAAACUAAAAUUGUACCAUAAAUGCUUUUACUUUGACGUUUUAAUUUAAAAAGUCUGUACUCACUUAACUUAAAGUAAGUAAAGCUCUAUUUAGUAACUACUACAAAGAUGAAUCUCCUCAAGAUUCGUACGACUACAUCCAAACGGUCGAACCUCGAGGAACCCAGACGUUGGGUCGCUCGACUGCCAGAAACUUUGUCGAUCAGAUGAAGCAGCAAAGGUCACGGGAGAACGAAGCUCGCAACAAGAUGUUCACCUCCAUGUUCACCAACCAUUCCAACGGUUUCGGAACGUGGGCUGGCCGUAAGAAGACCCGGAGGCCAGUGUCGUCGCUAGAGUUCGAGAAUCUGAUGAGAAUCAAGAGCGAUCUCCAGAACAACAUAUCACGUAAGGUAUGUCAAAGCGGAGCCAAUUUGAUCGUUCAGGUGGGGAAGUUGAGGAAGAAGGUGCAUCUUCAUCACGACGACAACAACCUCGGUUCCAGUCGCGUUCCCGAGUCCUCCAACGAGGCCCAACUGUACGGUGACGAUUGGUCGUCGGACGAGGAGCAAGCGAAUACAAACAAGUACGGUGAGUGUGUUGUUGUCCUGUUUAUGUUAUUCUUUCCUAAUCAGCUGUUGCGACAUGUCACAGUUAUUUGAUCUUUUAUCGGAGUCAACAAUUUCAAAAUGGUUUCGGAAUUCAAAUCACCAUGAUUUUUGAAUUUUAAAUAAUUAUGUUUUGAUUGUUUUGGACGGUGACUUUUCGGAGUUUGUCACAUUUUGUUAUAAGACCACCUAUUAGUCAAAUACUAUAUGAUUUUGCCAAUAAGUUAACGUUUACGGUGAAAUAAGCUUACGUCACUCUUUAUAGUGCAAAUUGAUUACCUUUGUUAAAACAUACCGUGCAGGUUUAUACGAAAAUGUAACAUGUCGUGAGUGUUGUGUCACGUGUUGUUUCUUUUCGUAAUCGUACAGUGGUUGUUUGUGAUUGUCUUUGUAUGGCCGUCUCCCCUCUUCUUUGUACGUUUGACUCAGAGUUAAAGCCUGGGACCGAAAAGUGGCCACUGUUUGAAACGCCUUCGGAUUCGGCGGUUUCAUUUCGCGCUUAAUCAGAGCAAGAUUAAUCAGAUUAUCCGACCCUCGAGCUUGUCUGUGCGUUCCCGAGUGUACACAGAUUUUAAAACAUGUACACUUUUGGGUUUACACAAAGCGAGGUACACGGAGAUCCGGCUUACGCUACGUAAACGUCUUAUUUUGCAUUUAAAUAAUAUUUUUAUGGUGAUUCGCGUAAUGUCCCCCUAUGUUCGGGCUCUGUGUCCUCACCGUCCGUGUCUUAUGUUGUUUGUUUUCAGAAACUGAUGCCAGCCAUUCUUUGUUGAAAGAAAUCGAAGACGAGUAUCAGGAGUUUUGUAGCCAGACCUCCAAAGGUAACCAUUUGUUAUUUUUAGUUUUUUAAGUUAUAAAGACAUUCCUUUUGUCACAUUGUAGUGACCUAUAAAUAGCUUUGAGUUCAUUAUCUAUCCAGAACUGUCUAAACACUAAACAACAGUUUUAACUAUUUGAAACUUUUGAAAAAAGUCAUUAAUAAAACAUUCCAGACCGAAUGACCGAAUCUCCAUUAACAGCACAGUCUUCCUCUUCUGAUAACAUGUCCCGACUGACACGACAAUCACAGAGUCUAAAUGACGACCAUCGUAUGUCAACUCUACAUAAAGAGUUACAUCGCUUGAAAGUAGACGUCGAUCUAGAUGCUCAACCGUGCUCAUCGUCCUCAAUCCUGGAUGACGAUGACAUUCCAGACAUAGAUGAAACUAAAAUGACAGAAAACAGUUUGUCACCGUUACCAGACAUCACGGAUUCUGAUUCCUUGUCUGAUUAUGACAGAAAGAGCUUGUAUCAGUCAAGGUUACCUAUAGCUCAGCCUUUGUAUCAGAUCUACAUGCUACAGGAACAACAGAAGCUACUGGUAGACGGUGGUCCCAGAAGUGUAAAGGCUUCUGAUCUGAUGCUACAAGUUCCUGGAGACAAAGAUGAGUCAGACAGCUUGUGUGAUUCCAAUGAUAACGAGGAUUCCAAAAGUCUGUCCAUCAGAAGACAAAGUUCUUCAGCCUCCACGGAUUCUGGCAGAGGUGCAGAUACAGUGUCGAGAGUAACGUCAAACACGUCGAUGAGAAGAGAACGACUGACAGCCGGCUCAGUGUAUGGCAGUCAGCGGUCGUUGUGGUGUGAGUUACCAGAAGUACGAUCAGCUGGACUUCUGGAUACGCUGGACAACUCUUCCAAGAAGCUACAAGAAGCCUUCUUCGAAGUCAUCACAUCCGAAGCAUCGUAUCUUCGCUCAAUUAACGUCUUGAUCAGCUAUUUUAUGGCGGCUCCAGAACUGCAGGGACCAAAGAAGGCGAUGAGUGUGAUAACAAGUGUAGAAAGAAAGCAUCUGUUCAGUAAUAUUGUAGCUAUCCGUGACUGCGCAGAAAAGUAAGUUGGACUUUGGUAGUGUUAAAGACCUGAUUUGUCUGGUUUUACUGUUUUAUAAUAUAUAUUUUGGUUAAUAUUGUAAUAAUUAUAUUGUUUUAGGCUGUUGUGUGAUUUGGAAAACCGACUAAAAGAAAACCUGGUUCUAACAGACGUGUCUGACAUUCUCUGCGAACAUUUUGAGAAGCACUUCGAAGCGUACACAAAGUACUGUUCGAACCAGGUCUAUCAAGAUCGCGUAUUGAAACGAUUAAAGUAAGUAGCGUUAAAGGAACCGUUCAUUGAAUUUUUUUGAAUGAAAUUUUUUCGCGGGUUUUCCAAUGUUUUCUAUUAAUUUUUUGAGAAUUUUUACUUCCAAAAAUUAUUUUCAUUUGAUUUAUUCCUUACGAACGCGGUUGUAUAUUUUGAACCGUAUUGAGGUUUUCAGUUUAUAUUUUACUACUUUUACUUUAAUAUUCUACAUAUUAUUUGUUCUAAUCUGUAAAAACAUGUUCCUUAUCAUAAUGAAACCAUUUUUAAACUUUUAGUUCAGUAAAACUUCUAAAGAAUAGUGUAGGUCUUACUUUACUAUUGGUUUAAAAAUGUCAGGUUUCGUUAGAGAGUAAAAAGCAGCUAAUUCGACGUCAAAAGUAAGUAUUUCCGUAUGUUUUCGUUUUCAGGACUUUAGAUCACAUAUAAUGGUAUUAUCCUUGAGGUAAGCGAACGCCUAAACCCACAUCCACCAACCUCUCCAACUACAUGGUCUCAUUAAUCUUACAAUUUUCGUAUCUUUAGUAAAGUAAUAUUAUUUUUUAAUUUCAGAAUGUAUAUUUAUCCCCAAAUUGGAUUGUUUCACCUUCUUGUUGUUAAUAAACCUUUCGCAAGAUUAGGUAUUGAUGGUUUCAAAGUGAAAAAGCCUGGUAUCUUGGGGGUUUUGAUGUGUUAACAGUUCGAAUAGGUAAGAUAUUGUCUGUAGAGUAAUUUAAGACGAAACAGUAGAUAAUUAAGAUAUUUUUAAGCUGCAAAAACACUAAAAAUCUAGUAUAAUAUCGCCUAUAAAGCUUCAGAAGAAAAAAAGGCUUGUGUCUUGGAUGUUAUGAUAUUUUAGAGGUCUGAAUAGGUAAGAAAACCUCAAUACGGUUCAAAAUAUACAACCGCGUUCGUAAGAAAUAAAUCAAAUGAAAAUAAUUUUUAAAAAUAAAAAUUCUCAAAAAAUUAAUCGAAAACAUUGGAAAACCCGCGAAAAAAUUUAAUUCAAAAAAUUCAAUGAACGGUUCCUUUAAGUCUGGUAAAACAAUGUAAAAUGAUUUUUACUAAAGUCAUUUUACUUUUUACUAAACAAAAAAUUUAAAAUUCGAAUAAACAACACUAAUCUUCAGAUUAAGCAACUCCCAGUUUCUAACGACGAUACAACGAAUAGAAUCUAAUCGUGAGUGCCAAGGACUGGACAUGAGAUCUUUCUUGAUGUUACCCAUGCAAAGAGUCACUCGCUACCCACUCCUAGUGUUCGCUAUUAUGGAGCGAGUGGCAGAAGGCAGUCCUCAACAGAAAACGGCUACAAAAGCCUUAAGUUUGGCCAACAGAUUAGUCCGUGACUGCAACGAAGGAGCCAGAAAGAUGGAACGGACGGAACAACUUCUGGAGAUCGAAAGACGAUUGAUCUACAAGUCUCCUGAUCUCAAGUCAGUAUUGGCGCAAACUUAUUUUUUAACUUACACACUUUCAAGGCUGAAACCUAUUAUUUCAGAAGGAUUCCGUUGGUUACCGCAGGUAGAUAUGUGGUUAAAAGUGGACCAGUAGUACAACUUCUGGAAAGGAAACCAAGACCACGAUUAGGUGGAGUGUUACAAUCAAAACAGAAAGCCCGAUCGUUAUACAUCUUCCUGUUCAGUGAUUUGUUGAUGAUAGCCAAGAAAAAGCUGUAAGUACUUUUACUAAACAUAAGGUUUGACAAAAAUAUGAAAAUCAGCUGUUUGGCAAGAAUUAUCAUGGCCACAAAAUUUUUAUACAAUCAAACGUUAACAUCACAACGUUUUAGGAAUGGGUGUUUUGAAUGCAAAGACUAUGCUGCCCGUCGUUUCGUAGAGAUCGAGCCUGUAGAACCUCACAGUAACAAGAUUCCCAUUGGAGUCGUAGCCAAUCUACCGUCCAAAUCUCAUCUGUUUCUCUGUAUUUUGAUGCAGAACGCCAGAGGAAAACAGGUUGAGUUACUCUUCAACACAGAGUCAGAAUCUGACCGAGAACGAUGGCUGUCCGCCAUGAGACCGCCAACGUGCUCGAAUCCAGAUGAGAAAAUCUACGCUGAAUGGGACUGUCCUCAAGCUGUAGCGUGCCACAACUAUGACGCCGUUCAGGAAGACGAGUUGCCGUUGGAGGAAGGGGAUGUUGUCAACGUGCUACGGAAAAUGCCUGACGGUAAGUUUAUUAUAUUUGGUUAGCUAUUAAUAUUUGCCAUAUUGCCAUACAUACGUAAUAUGACAGACUGGGCUUUGUCAAGAGCAAAAACAAGUUUACUGUGAAACCAUCAUUAACCAUCAAAAUCAUGAUUUCAGGGUGGUUUUACGGCGAACGAGUCCGUGACCACAAAAGCGGCUGGUUCCCGUCGUCGUAUGUUCAGCAAGUAAUGAAUGACCACGUCCGGGCCAACAAUUACCGCCAAAGGCUUCGGCUCAUUCAGGCCGCUAAUGGCUUUCAACAUCGCCAGAUGGAUAGGAUUAUCGAAAAGCGGGGGUCCGUCGCCCCCACCAGUAUACCACCCUUGAGUCGGCUUCGGCGUCUAUCCAAUCCCAAAGCUUUUUUCACUUCCCUAGAUUCGUGA